GAGGAUUGUUUUUUUAUAGAGACUGAGGGAAAUGAAAGAGCGGAUCUGUACAAUCUAAGAGAAGGGAAGGGAGGGCGUGUGGGGGCACUGGAGACUUUUGGUGGGGGAGACUUAUGGUGGAUAUCCUGUGUGGAGGGAUAUACCUGCAUAUACAGUAUAGGAUAGAGAAGGUUGCCUGGGGGGAGUAGUAGGUUUCUAUGUUCAUGGCUAGAGGGUAGUGAAGAAGUAGGCAGUGUCUCGGGGGGGAGGAUGGAACUAUCGCACGCUCCGCUGGGCCCCUACUCGGGGAGAGCCACUGGUGUGGGGCCUGGCUCCUCUCCGAGGAGAUCCAAUUUGCAGCCAGACAUUCCUCGCCAGAGGAACAAGGCCUCCACGGCUAGUGGCCCCCGGAGGGCCAGCGGAGCGGCUUGCACACCCCGUAGGGUGCGUCUACUCCCUUCCCUUCGGGGCUUGCAAGCCGCUCCGCUGGGGCCCCUGCUCGGGGAGAGCCACUGGCGUGGUGCCUCGCUCCUCUACGAGGAGACACCCCCCCCCCCCCCCCCCUUUCCCCCUCGUAGCCACCUCUUCCUCGCCAGAGGAACAAGGCCUCCACGGCUAGUGGCCCCCGGAGGGCCAGCGGAGCGGCUUGCACACCCCGUAGGGUGCGUUUACUCACCUCCCUGCGGGGCUUGCAAGCCGCUCCUCUGGACCCUUGCUCGCAGAGAGAGUCAUCGACAGGGCACCUCGUUCCACCCUCCACGGCCAGUGGCCCACGGGAGCAGCACCCCUACCCCAAGCUCCUCGGUGGCGUGGGGGGGGGGGGCUCGCGACUCACUCUCUCGGCUGGAUCUGCCGGAAACCGCCUGCACACACGCCUAUUCCUACACAUAGGCCGCUCGGGAUAAUACUCCCCGAGAGACCAUCAGUUGAUGGGGAAACACACCACUGCACCCCCUUGAUUCGUCACCCGAUCAUUGAAUUUUAAAAAAAAAAAUCACUACAAGGUUCAUAAAAGCAACCUGGUACCGAUUGGAAGUAAAGAAUUUUCUGUAGCAGCCAAGACAAGUGCUAAAAAAAAAAAAAGAAACAAUAAGUUAGCCCCCUGAUCAUGCCAGUGAAAAGCGUAACAGGAGUGGCAUUCACAUCCCUUGUGACUUCUCAUAGGGACAAAUUUGAAAAAGCUGCUGGUUUUUAUAAUCGGUUAGGAUUUAGAUUGACUAAAAAUUACUCAAAACUUUCCGGGAGCGCAUUGGCCAGUGCCUCGGCUCUGACCAAAUUACAUGCGGGGAUCUCAAACGAUUCACUUCGGGAGUUGUGGUUGGAAUCGUUCCCACUUCAGAACGUCGAUCUGCAGGGGAAUGUGAUCCCCUGGCAAGAAUUGGAAGUGUAUCAUGGAGAUGGAUCGGAGGUUUAUAAUGACGCCACCGUGUUAAAAUUGAGAUUAUCUAGUAGUAACCAUUGUGCUAAUAAGGUGCCACAUCAUCAAGUGUUGGAGUUCUUUCUGACUGAUUUAGAAAAGAUUCGCGAUAUUUUAAAGAGUGGAUCAAUUCAACAUGAGGUGAAGGAAGGGGAAAGUGGUGAGGGUGGCAAAUUGUGGGAAAUUCGCACAAGGGACCCCUUGAAUACCAACGUUGUGUUUACCAAUCGCGACAAUUUGUUGAGUGAAGAACGGUUCAAUAGUGCGCAGGAGUACUUGAAGAAGCGCGAAGUUGACAUAGACCGGGAGUGGCAAAAGGCCCACCCAGACCAGUUGGCGGAUGUGGUGACAAAGCCUGACCAGAAGGUCCCCAAGAAGAAGAAGAUUGCAGUUAUGACUUCAGGUGGUGAUGCUCCCGGAAUGAACCCAGCUGUAAGAGCAGUGGUUAGAACCGGGAUCUAUCUUGGAUGUGACGUGUUUGCCGUUUAUGAAGGUUACGAAGGAUUGGUCAAAGGAGGAGACCUUCUUAAAAAAAUGGAAUGGAAUGACGUUCGAUCCUUUUUAUCACAAGGGGGAACCAACAUCGGAACCGCAAGGUGUAUGGAGUUUAGAGAAAGAAAGGGAAGACUUCUGGGGGCCUAUAAUAUGGUGGUCAAUGGGAUUGAUGCCUUGGUGGUUUGUGGAGGUGAUGGGUCAUUGACUGGAGCUGAUCUUUUCCGGUCUGAAUGGCCCUCAUUGAUUGAGGAAUUGGUGGCUACAGGACGUUUAACCAGCCAACAAGUGGCCCCUUACAAGCACUUGACCAUUGUUGGGUUGGUGGGGUCCAUCGAUAAUGACAUGGCUUGCACCGACACCACCAUUGGUCUGGCUUCUUCAUUGGCAAGAAUCACCGAAAUGGUUGAUUACAUUGAUGCCACCGCCACGUCACAUUCUCGUGCAUUUGUGGUUGAAGUCAUGGGUAGACAUUGUGGAUGGUUAGGACUCAUGGCCGGACUCAGUACCGGGGCUGAUUACGUGUUCAUUCCAGAAAAACCGCCCAAGGCACAACAUUGGGCCCAGGAAUUGAAGGAUGUUUGUCUGAGACACAGGAAAAUGGGGAACCGUAAGACUACGGUGAUUGUGGCCGAGGGGGCCAUUGAUGAUGAAUUGAACCCCAUCACCAGUGAACAGGUGAAGGAUGUUUUGGUUGAAUUGGGACUUGAUACCCGGAUCACCACCUUGGGUCAUGUCCAACGUGGUGGUACCGCGGUGGCACACGACAGAAUGUUGGCCACUUUGCAAGGGGUUGACGCCGUUAGGGCCGUGUUGGAGUCCACUCCAGAAACCCCUUCACCCAUGAUUGGUAUGUUGGAGAACAAGAUUGUUCGUAGACCUUUGGUUGAAGCGGUGAAACUCACGAAAUCUGUGGCGGAAGCCAUUGAAAACAAGGAUUUCGAAAAGGCCAUCAGUUUGAGAGAUUCCACUUUCAGUGAGGCAUACGCACAAUUCUUGGCCAUUUCUAGUGGAGACGAUGGAUCUCAAGUGUUGCCCGAAAAGGACAGAUUGAACAUUGGGAUUGUCCAUGUUGGUGCCUCAUCAUCAGCGUUGAACGCGUCCACCAGAGCUGCAGCCCUCUAUUGUUUGUCCAAGGGUCACAAACUCUUUGGGAUCCAGAACGGGUUCUCCGGUUUGAUCACCUCUGGUAAUGUACGUGAGUUAUCAUGGUUGGAGGUUUCAAAUUGGCAUAACCGUGGAGGUUCAGAAAUUGGAACCAAUCGGUCAUUACCAAGUGAAGAUUUUGGAUCAGUGGCAUUUUAUUUCCAGAAAUAUCAAUUGAAUGGAUUGAUUGUGGUUGGAGGAUUUGAAAGUUUCACAGCCGUUCAUGAAUUGGAUACCAAUAGACAUCGGUACCCAAUCUUCAACAUCCCCAUGGUUGUCAUUCCCGCCACUGUUUCUAAUAACGUCCCCGGGACAGAGUACCUGUUGGGUACCGAUACAUGUCUCAACCAAUUGGUGAACUAUUGUGAUGCGGUCAAACAAUCGGCAUCGUCUUCUAGAAGAAGAGUGUUUGUGGUUGAAGUUCAAGGUGGACAUUCGGGAUAUGUGGCCUCAUAUUGUGGUUUGGUCACUGGUGCCAUGGCUACGUACACCCCAGAGUCCAAGAUUGAUCUUCGUACCAUGCAAGAGGACAUUGAUCUUCUCUUUGAUGUGUUUGAAAAUGACCGUGGUGAGGAUAAGAAUGGGAAAAUGAUCAUUCGUAAUGAACAGGCUUCUUCGGUAUACCUGGCGGAAUUGAUUGCCGACAUCAUCAAGGAACUGGCCAAAGGUCGGUAUGAAACCAGAACGGCCGUCCCAGGACAUGUCCAACAGGGGUUCAUGCCACUGUCGAUGGAUAGAGUCAAUGCCGUGCGGUUCUCGGUGAAGUCCGUCCAAUACAUCGAAGAAUGGAACAAGAAGAAGUACCAUGCAGCCGAGAUCUACGGCCUGAAGAUCCACGAGUACAGCCAAAAGCAAGAGGACUCCGCCGUGGUGAUCGGGAUCCAGGGGGCACAAAUCAAGUUCACCUGCGUCAAGGAUCUCUACAAGAACGAGGCCAACGUCGAGUUGCGUAAGGGGAAGACUGUCCACUGGAAGGAGUUGCAAAAGGCCAACGACAUGUUGAGUGGCAGACUUUUGUUGAGAGAGAGAAAGGCCCAUCUGGUCCAAUGAGUCACAUAGAGCGUAGUAGAAAGAAUUACAUACAUAUAAAUAAACAACAGUUACGACACA